UUUCGAGCAUACUCUGCAAAUGCAAGCAUAGAGCAUAGCUCAUCUAAACAGCGACUGGUGCUGCACACUGACAGAAGAUGAGAACAUCAGCAGGGCCGAGGCACUGGCCUCGACUCAUCUAUGGAUUGGCAUUUUGUCUAAUUGCUAUCACUGUCGCUGGAGAUGAUUAUAAGCCUUACUAUGCAUCCCAGCCAACCUACUACUCUCCACCACAGCAUGCAAAACACCCACCCCACCAUCACAAAAAACCUCCACAUGCACACAAAUCUCCACCUUCACCUUAUGUCUAUAAGUCACCCCCACCUCCCUCUCCUUCACCCCCACCUCCAUACAUCUACAAGUCUCCUCCACCACCAUCCCCAUCACCACCCCCACCAUAUGUUUAUAAGUCUCCUCCACCUCCAUCUCCUUCACCACCCCCUCCAUACGUGUAUAAAUCUCCUCCACCUCCAUCCCCAUCACCACCCCCUCCUUAUGUUUAUAAGUCUCCACCACCUCCAUCCCCCUCACCUCCUCCACCAUAUGUGUACAAGUCUCCUCCUCCACCGUCUCCAUCACCUCCACCUCCUUAUGUCUACAAGUCUCCACCACCUCCAUCCCCCUCACCUCCUCCACCAUAUAUUUACAAGUCUCCUCCUCCACCAUCUCCAUCACCUCCCCCUCCUUAUGUCUACAAGUCUCCACCACCUCCAUCCCCCUCACCUCCUCCACCAUAUAUUUACAAGUCUCCUCCAUAUGUCUACAAGUCUCCUCCUCCACCAUCUCCAUCACCUCCCCCUCCUUAUGUAUACAAGUCUCCACCACCUCCAUCCCCCUUACCCCCUCGACCAUAUUUGUACAAGUCCCCUCCUCCACCUUCUCCAUCACCUCCCCCUCCUUACAUCUACAAGUCCCCACCACCACCAUCUCCAUCACCACCCCCUCCAUAUAUUUAUAAGUCUCCUCCCCCACCAUCUCAUUCACCACCUCCUCCAUAUGUUUACAAGUCUCCGCCACCACCAUCCCCAUCACCACCACCUCCUUAUGUCUAUAAAUCUCCACCUCCUCCAUCCCCUUCACCUCCACCACCAUAUAUCUACGAGUCACCACCAUCUCCAUCCCACAUGCCUCCACCAUAUGUCCAUAGGUCCCCAUAUGUGUACAAGUCUCCACCUCAACCUCCUCAUCAUCUCCACAAGUACUCGCCACAUCACCUUCCCUACCUCUAUAACUCCCCACCACCUCCUGCAGCAGGCUAUUAAGUUAACUAAAUCAACUUGUAUCGUUUCAAUAAAUAUAUGCAAAAUAUUGCUGCGAUUACCACUAAGACUUCGUCAAUAUUACAGGGUCUACACUGAAGAGCCUUGUUAUGAAUGUAGCCCUGUUGAGUCAUUUGUUAGUGUCAAUUCAAAAGUUUGCUUAAUUUUAAAUUUUAUCAUAUGAUAUUAUAUACAUUAAUUUGUUGCU